AUGCUUGUUGGUGAUUAUAAAUAUAAUCACUAUAUAACUCAGCAACAGGUUGCACCAUAUGCUAUAGAAAAAUAUAGCUCGCAUGCUGGAGACAAAUGUUUCAAAAAUAACAGCUCACGUGCUGGAGACAAUGUUCAGAGAAAUAUAAAAAUAACAGCUCACGUGCUAGAGACAAAUGUCCAGAGGUUUCAAAAAUAA